AUGGUUCUCGCAAAGUCCAAAAACUCCGUGGGGCUGGGCAACAGCCUCAUGAACGAUCGAUUCGGCAAAGGCAAAGCGUCCAACCGCAAGAAAGUAUCGCACAAUGCUGCGAUUGCUCGCAAGGGCGCCGACGGCGAAACCUACCUCACCAACCAGGCCAAGGAGGCGUCCUGGGUGAAGAUGCGGAGCAUCACCGAGCAGGCUGCGCUCGACGAAUUCCUGACCACCGCCGAGCUGGCGGACACAGACUUCACGGCGGAGAGGAUCAGUAAUGUGAAGAUAAUACACACCGACCAGAAAAACCCCUACCUUCUCUCUGAAGCCGAGGAAAGAUCUGCCGUGAGGAAGCAGCUGAAGAAUAAAGAGCGGUUGACGAUCCCGAGAAGGCCCAAGUGGAACGAGAAAACUACCCCGCAGGAGCUGGAUGCAAUGGAGAAGGAGAGCUUCCUCGAAUGGAGAAGGGGUCUUGCGGAGCUGCAAGAAAAUCAGGACUUAUUAAUGACACCCUUCGAGAGAAACCUGGAGGUGUGGAGGCAGCUGUGGCGUGUCAUUGAGCGGUCCGAUUUGGUGGUGCAGAUUGUCGAUGCACGAAACCCGUUGCUCUUCCGGUCCGAAGAUCUCGAAAAGUAUGUGAAGGAGGUGGAUCCGAAGAAGAAGAACCUGCUGCUGGUAAACAAAGCGGAUAUGAUGACAUUGGAGCAACGGGAGAUGUGGGCAGACUACUUUGAGGAGAACAACAUCAGCUACCGAUUCUUCUCUGCCCAUCUGGCAAAGGAACGGAGCGAAGAACGGCUCCAGGGAGAGGGUCAAUCUGACAAUGAGGAUGAGGAAGAAGACUUGGCGGAGGCGACUGAAAAGAAGAUGAAAAUCCAGGAAAAUGAGGGUGAGGGCGAGGAGGAGGAUGAGGAGGAGGAUGAGGAGUCUUCGAGCAAGGAAGAGCAGGAUGAAGACGACGGAGGGGGCUUGAAACUGCCCAAGAAAUCCGAAUCUAUGAGAACGCAUAUUCUGGACGUGGACGAGCUGGUAGAGCUCUUCCUGGCAAACGCACCCGAUCCCAACGACCGGAGUGACGACUCGGAGCAUCCUCAAAAGGACAAGAUGGUCGUCGGCCUCGUGGGUUAUCCCAACGUGGGUAAAUCCAGUACCAUCAACGCACUGCUUGGAGCUAAGAAGGUGUCUGUCUCGGCGACGCCAGGCAAAACCAAACACUUUCAGACCCUUUAUUUGACACCAAACCUGCUUCUGUGUGACUGCCCUGGUCUCGUCUUCCCCAACUUUGCGACCACCAAGGCAGAACUGGUGGUCAACGGAGUGCUGCCGAUCGACCAGCAGCGGGAGUUCAUCGGCCCAGCCGGCCUGGUCGCGCAGCGCAUCCCGAAGCAUUUUCUGGAAGCGAUAUACGGCAUGAAAAUCCACACGCGACCUCUCGAAGAAGGGGGCACUGGGGUACCGACCGCGAGCGAGCUCCUCCAAGCCUACGCCAAAGCCCGAGGUUUUGCGACGACGGGACAAGGCCAGCCAGACGAGUCUCGAGCGGCACGGUACAUCUUGAAGGACUACGUCAACGGCAAGCUCCUCUACUGCCAUCCGCCGCCAGCAUCGGGCGCAGGGGCCAAAGAGGGCCAGCCGCGCGUUGACCCGGCCGAGUUCAACCGGGACUUGUACGACCUUGCUCACCUUCCGCCAAAACGGCAAGCCAUGCUGCUCAAGGCCGCAGCCACGGCAGAGGAAGGUGACGACGAGGCCAGCUCAAUGGUAUCGUCCCUGACCGGCAACCAGCGCGCAGCAGCGGACGGGCCGCGAUCCCGCGAUCUCGAUAAGGGCUUCUUCGGCGCAGGAACCGGGGGAUCAGCAGGGCACCUAACGAUGCCCUUCAAUCACAAGUACACGGAACAGGGACGGGCCAAGCAACUGACGGGGCGGAAGCAGAGGAUGAUGCUGGCGCUGGAAAAGGGCCUCGAUCCGUCCGAGGCACGGAUGCUGAUGAGCUCGAAGAAGCAUUUCAAGGGCGGCAAGCGGAAAGCGAAGAAGGGGAAAGGAAAGGCCAAUGGGGAAUAUGAUUUGUAG